AAGCUUUAGACUUUCUGCUGGAUGAGGUUCAGUUGUAGGUAGUUUCAGUUGCUAAACUCGGUUAGUUUCGCGUCAAUAUGUUGGCCAUAAGAAACAUUAAGAGAUUCAUUUGUUUAAGAACGACAGAAGUCGAUAUCAGAAUUCUGAAAAAGAGGACUGUUAUGCAAUCUGUUUCUGACAAAACCAAUAAAACGCCUGAAGAUCCCAAUGCACCACUGAGCUUUUCAAAGUCCAAGGCUGCUAAGUGGUCUGCCAAGAAUUCAUUUAGUGGGCGAAAUAUUUCAGACGAUUCACCGUGGUAUCAGCCCUUUGCCAUUUCAGCUAGUGUUGCAGCCAUAUUGCUGUGGUUUUGUGUCUUCCGAGAAGAAAAUGAUAUUGAUAAAGAACUGGGUAAAACUUUGUAUGAAAGAGUUGAUGGCAUGGAAAGAAAACAACUGGAACUGGCGUUGAAGCACAGUGGUCCAGCAGUGGACACAAUAGCAAUCAGGAAAAGACUUGAUGAGUUGGAUUCCAAUGGUUGAUUUUGUACAGUCGAUAUAACUAGUGAAAUUUGAAUACAUUAAGAUAAAAAAUUAAAA